GCUGCUGUGUGUCGUGCACCAGAGGGGUGUGCUGUAGAGUUCCCUGAUCUCACUUCCCUUUGUGCCUUGUGAGUGAUAGCUCCAUGUAUUUUUUUCCAUGCAGAAAAACUUUCAUCAAAUCCUGGUAACCCAUUCCUGCUCUCAAGCUGUAAGACUUUUCACACUGCUGCUGUCAAGAUGCGCUGUGAAGGGGGAAUUAGGAAUCUCCUAAGGUUGGACUUGCUUUUACAUUUGACAGAUCCACUGCACUGGGAUGAGAAGAAUCUGGGACUGUAGGAGGCUAUUCCAUAGGAAGAUACAAAAUAUUAAAGUCUUCACAUCCAAAUGAAGGGACAUAAACUGUGUUUCAGUUUCAAAUGUUGGCUAACACUGGUUUAUAGAACUAGAUAACAUUUACCCAGACCCCACACACAGGGCAACCUCAUGCUCUCAUAGCAAAGACAGUAUUGUAAAAGUUUCCGCAUUGAGGGGCAGCUCAAUAUAUUGGCUAAACCAUGAAAGAGCCCCAACCUGUUGCAAACCCGCACCCAGGAUCUCAAGAUGUCUAUGCUUUUUGCGAGGAUGGGGAGUCCUUGGAGAGACUACAAGGGGAUGCGUUGCUUGGAGAGAAGGGCACAUUUGGUGGCAAUGCCAGCAGUGCAGCAGAUAAUGUGGCACAGUCCCGAAAAAAGAGAAAGCGUUGUGGGGUCUGUAUUCCUUGUCUACGUAAAGAACCGUGUGGAGAAUGUUACAACUGCGUUAAUCGGAGUACCAGUCAUCAGAUCUGUAAGAUGCGGAAAUGUGAAGAGCUGAAGAAAAAAAGAUUAGUGCCACUGAAAGGAACAGAGGUUGGGAACAAGGACGGUUCUAAGAUCCAGGGGAAAGAGCACAGUGUAAAGAAUAACUCCGAAAUUGUUCCAUUUGAUGGCCCCAUCACAGGCCAAAUGGAAACGGGCCCAGUUAACCAUGUUGAAGAAGGAAGGUUGAAGCAGGAAUGUGACUUGGCCCUGUUGAAUAAAGAUUGUGAGGGUCUGGAAGAUAGAUUGUUAAUGGAAGCCAAUCAGUGGUUAAGCAAUGCAUCUGCUCCACAAGAAUCCGAGAAACUCAACUGGGAUAACCCUUCUAUUCAUAACCAUACUGCUGCUAACAACAACAGUUCGAACUUAGAAGAUGCCAAAAACCUAGUAGCAUUCUCUGCUGUGGCUGAGGCCAUGUCCUCUUAUGGUAUACCAGCAUCGGGGACUCCUUCAUUGCUAUCAAUGCAGCUAUAUGAACAGUUUAACUAUGAGACAAAUAGGGCCAACUCUGGCCACCAAGAAAGUAAAGCUCCAUCAUGCCCGGGAGACUUGAACACAUUAAAGGCAGCCUUGACUCUGGCAAAGCAUGGCAUGAAGCCUCCCAACUGUAACUGUGAUGGUCCAGAGUGUCCUGACUACCUGGACUGGUUAGAAAACAAAAUCAAAACUGCAAUUAAGAGUCAUCCGGACAGCGCUAAUCAUUCGUCUAGUCAGGUAAACCAACAGUUGAUGGAGAAUAACUACCCUGCAGAACAGGUGCUUGCCCUAGAAAAUAAAAUUGCAAAAUGCCCUUUAGGCACCUUACCCUUUUCUCAAAAUGCACUGAGUAUUGCAAAGGAGAAGAACAUAAGUCUGCAAACGGCGAUAGCUAUUGAAGCUCUUACACAGCUGUCCUCUGCACUUCCACAAGAGGAUAAGGAAAGUCCCAAUAGCUCAUUACAACAGCCACUCGUUCCCCAUGAGCAGUUAACACAUUUCACCUCUGCAAAGGGGAAUGAGGUAUUGCCAAUGGCCUGCAGUGAACUGUUUCAGGAUGCACAGUCUCAACUAUACACUGGCAAAAAUGCACUUCAUGUGUCACAAUCAGCUAAUCAAAAUUCAUGGGAACAGCAUAAUAAUCCUAAUGGCCAAGAAAGACAAUACAUUCCAGAUAACAUCUCUCAAGACUCUUCCACUUUGCUGUCACACCAGACGCCCACUCCUCAAAAAACAGAAUUUCUAGAGCAAUGGGUUCCAAAUUCAGAACACUUAAAGUCACCAUCUGAUCCCAUGACAGGAUUAAAACAGUUGAUUGGAAAUGCAGAUGAUUAUAUAAAGUCUGUGUUCAAAGGACCAGAGGCAUUACCCAACAGAAUAAAAAAUGUGAAGUCCAAACAAAACUCUGUUAACUCCAUAAAGAAAGAACCAGGGCUUUAUAAGAUAUCACCCAAUCAUCAGCUGUCACAGGUUUUUCAAGAAUCGGAUAUACACCAGAAUACUCAAGCUGCACUACAGCAACAUCUCCACCACAAAAGAAAUCUCUUUCUUGAUAAUAACAUGCAGGCAAAAGAACAACCAGACUGGUGGGUCCCUAACACUCAACAAAUUCCACCUCUAAAACAGGAGAAGCCCAUAAAAGAGAGGAAGAAACGGGUACAGUCACCUUCACAAAAACAGGGAGAGCCAAAACCUAAACCCCAGAAAAAACAAGUGCAAAUAAAAAAACCUAGGCAAAAAGAUGCCAGUGCUGUCUUUUUACCGGUUAACCAGAUUAGCCUGGAAGGGUUGCGUCGACCUGCAAGUGUAGAGAACCAUGUUAAAGAAAUGGUAGUUGAUCAGUCUCUUCCCAAUUACAUAAAACCAAUGCUGCUUACACCACAGUCCUUACAACAGACUGUAUUACAGGCAAAUGUAGAUAAAAGACAGACUGUAAACACUCAGGAAAUGUGCUCUGUAAGUCAGUCUAACACUGGACAAGCCAGUGACCUAGCACUUUGUAUUCCUCAAACUCACAUUUGUCCCACACCUUCCACAGAUGAUACUAGCUCUAGCUCUGGGCAAGGUGACUCCACCAGUGAGCGAACUAAUGCCAACCAGAUUCCUGUCCAAAAUGACCUCAGUUCCAUUGAUGAUAAGUUUGAAGAUUUAAUCAGACAAUUUGAAGCUGAGUUUGGGGAUGAUUUCUCAUUCCCAACGUCUGUGAUUCCUUCUCAGAAUGGUGAAGUUCCUCCAAAAACCCCAGUAGAUUCACAAGUUAAAUUGCACUCCCCUUCCCAUACCUUACCAGCUGAAAAUAUGGCACCUCUGGCUAACCAUUCCAAUUCUGCACUUUCAAACACCUCUGCUUCACAAGAGAUCUUACAGAAUUUUGAGAACCUUUUCUCAGCAAGAUCUCCAAAGCAAAUCAAAAUUGAAUCUUCUGGUGCUAUAACAGUGGUAUCCACUACUUGCUUCUACUCAGAGGAAAACCACCUUGAUGAAACUCCUACAAAAAGCGAGUUGCCUUUCAAUCCCACUCUUAGUGGAUUUUUGGAAUCUCCUUUGAAAUAUCUGGAUUCUCCAACCAAAAGUUUGUUGGACACCCCAGCAAAAAGGGCACAAGCAGAAUUUCCAACAUGCACCUGUGUGGAACAAAUUAAUGAGAAGGAUGAAGGUCCAUAUUACACUCACCUCGGAUCAGGACCAACAGUGGCAUCUAUUCGGGUCCUAAUGGAAGAGCGAUACGGAGAGAAAGGAAAAGCAAUUCGCAUUGAAAAGGUCAUUUACACAGGAAAGGAAGGGAAAAGCUCACGGGGCUGCCCAAUUGCUAAAUGGGUGAUCCGUCGUCAGAGUGAGGAAGAAAAACUUUUGUGCUUGGUUAGGCACCGAGCUGGUCACCACUGUGAGAAUGCAGUCAUUAUAAUCUUAAUCAUGGCAUGGGAGGGAAUUCCACGUUCUUUGGGAGACACACUCUAUCAAGAUAUUACUGAAACUAUUACCAAGCAUGGAAACCCAACCACACGGAGAUGUGGCCUGAAUGACGACCGAACCUGUGCAUGUCAGGGCAAGGAUCCUAAUACCUGUGGUGCCUCAUUCUCAUUUGGGUGCUCAUGGAGCAUGUACUUUAACGGUUGCAAGUAUGCUCGUAGUAAGACCCCUAGGAAGUUUCGACUAUCAGGGGACAAUCCUAAAGAGGAAGACAUUCUCAAGGGUAGUUUCCAGAACUUAGCCACCGAGGUUGCGCCCCUUUACAAGCGGCUUGCUCCACAAGCAUAUGAAAAUCAGGUUACUAAUGAGAACAUAGCAAUAGAUUGCCGUCUAGGUGAGAAGGAGGGACGUCCUUUCUCAGGGGUAACAGCGUGCAUGGAUUUCUGUGCCCACGCACACAAGGAUCAGCACAAUCUGUAUAAUGGCUGCACUGUGGUUUGCACCUUAACGAAGGAGGAUAAUAGAAAAGUUGGCAAAAUUCCAGAGGACGAGCAGCUCCAUGUCCUGCCUCUCUACAAAGUCUCUAACACAGAUGAGUUUGGCAAUGAGGAAGCCCAGGCUGAGAAAAUGAAGUUAGGAGGGAUACAAGUACUGACAUCUUUCCCCAGAGAGGUCCGCAAGCUAUCAGAGCCAGCCAAGUCAUGCAGGCAGAGACAAAUGGAAGCCAAAAAGGCUGCGGCAGAGAAGAAAAAGCUACAGAAAGAAAAGCUGGUCACCCCAGACAAGGUCAAGCAGGAGCCAGCGGAAACACUGAAGAGCCCAGGUGUGCCCCAGCAGCAGGUAAAACCUUGUGUCAAAGUGGAGCCUUCCAGUCACUACAAUAACUACAAGUAUAACAGCAACGGUGUUGUAGAAAGCUACUCUGUAUUGGGCAACUGCAGACCAUCUGAUCCUUACAGCAUGAACAGUGUGUACUCUUACCACUCUUUCUAUGCACAACCUAACCUGCCUUCCAUGAAUGGCUUUCAUUCAAAGUUUGCUCUUCCUUCAUUUGGUUACUAUGGUUAUUCUAGCAACCACAUGGUCCCUUCUCAGUUCAUGAAUUACGGUGCUACCGACCCGAGAAAUGGUGGAUGGAUGAGCAAUGCCUUCGAAAAGAAGCCCGAUUUACAAUCAUUGGCAGACAGCACGAAUCAUGGUUACAUGAAUGACUUAUCAGAUCAGGGUUAUGUUAGAUCAAGUGAGAUGUCACACCAAUACGGCCUACACGAUCACAAUCAAAAAUCUGUCAGCAUUCCCCACCGGACUACUCCUGCUCCAAUGGACACUACUUCAUAUUCACAAAACAUUUCCUGCUUUAGUAAAGUAAUUAAGAAGGAGCCAAUUAGUGAUAUGUCUAAGGAUUCAUUCCAGCGAGUGCCUAGUGUCCAUGCCCAGAGUCCAGGUGUAAAUCUAUCAUUACAAAGCAGUGAUCACAGCAUCUCUUAUAAAGCAAAUGGAGCUCUGUCAUCUUCUGAAAGGACUAAUAUGGACAGAUCCUGCAAUAUGUUUAUGUACAAUGAGAAAGUCAGUUUACCAAGUGGUUUGGAAAAGAGAGAUUAUUUUGGUCUUCAUGCAAAUGGAAUUGGAAUCAAGAACCUUCAAGGACCGGAUAAGUGGAAUUCAUAUGGAAAUGGUCACGCAGCUCAGUGUGAUUCUCCCUCAUCAGGCAAAGUCUGGAGCUCCUGCAAACUCAGUGAAAGUCCUAAAGUUCUUCCCUCUUCUGCAAGCACACAGGAGAAGAAUUGGCAUAGCGGGUCAGCCAACCUUAAUCAUGCUGUAAAGCAGAACACAAUGCUCCAGGAAAAACUCUGGAAUGCUGUUGGUGCUAAUGAUAGAAACAGCAUGACUCCUAGUAUUGGGGUGCAGGACAAGACCUGGAAUAUGUUUACUUCCCCAGCAGUUAAGUCCUUAAAGACAAACAAUGGUAUUCUUGGUGGUGAACAACAUGAAAACAUGUGGGACCCUUAUAGCAUAGAUGAUAAUAUGGAGGAUACCCCUACAAAGAGCAUGAAAGAAGAGGACGAAGAGGAAAUCUGGUCUGACAGUGAGCACAACUUCCUGGAUGAAAACAUCGGAGGAGUGGCAGUAGCCCCAGCCCAUGGCUCAAUCCUCAUAGAAUGUGCAAGAAGAGAGCUUCAUGCCACCACUCCCCUUAAACAGCCCAAUAGGUGCCAUCCAACCAGGAUUUCCUUGGUUUUUUACCAACACAAGAACUUGAACCAACCCAACCAUGGACUGGCCCUAUGGGAAGCCAAAAUGAAGCUACUGGCAGAGAGGACACGAGCAAGGCAGGAGGAGGCUGCCAGGCUGGGCAUCAAAGAGGAAGUCAAGGGCUUUGGGAAAAAGAGAAAAUGGGGUGGUGCUACAACUACAGAAACCCCACAAGUCGAGAAGAAAGACUUCAUUGCAACUCGACAAGCAGCUACUCUUAUAACAAACUCUGCUACCACUGCAUCCUCCUAUGCCUAUACCAAGGUUACAGGACCAUACAGUCGCUGGAUAUGAGAUUAAAACAGCUACCAAUGUGGCCAUUGUACCUCAGAUAAUGUACAGCACUGUAUUAUGGUGCUUUUUUGGUGCUUUGUUCUUGUGUACAGUGGAGAAAUCCCACAGGUGUACACACCUCACAGGACUAAACUCUCUAAUCAAGAGAACUUUUACUGUAUAAUGUGUAUUUUUCCGGUAAUCUUAAAAAGAUUUAUAUCUCUCCAUUUUUAAAAAUCUACUGUUGUACAAUGAAUGACAGGAAAAUCACAUGAAAAAAAAAAAAAAAGAUUCACAGCAUCCUUUUACAACACAACGUUUUUAAUUGCAUCAAAAUAUGUAUAUUUAUUGGAUUUUUUUUUCUUUUUAGAAAAGCAAUGGUGCGUACUUUCUAGCCUGAUCAGAUUUGAACAGGUCUUGUUAAACUGGUAGAAAUCACAGAUAACAGACCACCAAAAUAUGUGCUUUAAAAGUAAAUUUUUAAACCAGUCUAAACAAAAAAUUUUUAGAAUAAUAAAAUGUAUUACUGGCAAGCAGGCUAGACCUCAGAUACAGUAUCCCUUUCUUGAUAAGAACUAAUGUUGUCUUUGCAUGGCUCUUUAAUAUUCUCUAAGUACAUUUUUUAUUUAACCAAAUGUCGGACACAUAUGCGUAACAAAGAAAAUAUAGACGUGUUUGCAUACAUCAUAAAACAAAAAAGCAACCGUGUCUUAAUUCCUUAUUCUUAAUUUAAUGAGUAAUUAUACAACUUUUAUUCCAAUUUUUAAAGACUUGUUUUAAAAUGAUGCAUUUCAAAACCAUGAUUUUUUUUAAGUUGUAAACCACUUAACUAAAAAAAAACCUAUUCUUAAUGCACACCACCAUGCAUCUUCUAUACUUGAUAAUCUUAAGUGUGCAGGUUCUGCCAUUGCAUUGACAUACGCUUUAUGAUUUUAUAUAUAUAUAUAAUCAUUUUUAUAGAAAAAUAUAAAAGAAGGGCUACUGUAUCUCACAUCAAAUUAAAACUGUGAAUAAUUAUGAUUGGUCUCAUUCUAUUAUUGGUAUAAAUGGUGCUGGUUAAUCUGGGGCAUUUUCUGUUUCAUUUAUAUCAAUGGAACUGCCACAUAGACCAAAAUAUUCCUAAUUUGCUUUUUUUUUCUUCAUUUUCCAUAUUUAGAACUUUCCUUAACAGUUUUGUUCUGCCAAUUGCUGUGGGACAAAUUAUUCUGAAUGUGUAAUGCCUUUUGUUUUCCUUUGUUGUGGUUGGUUUCCUUAACAAACAAAAAAAAACGGUGGUGCUCGUUAACCGUGACAGCUAUUUUCUUUAUUUUUAUUUUUUGUAUUGGAUUUAUUUUUUUGCCUGAAAACAAAUGCAGGUGCUAUCAACGUAAAGAAAUUUAAAAAUAAAUAAAUAAAAGUAUUUUUAUGAGUGUAGGGAAAUUAAGACAAUUUUAGAUUUUUGUAGGAAGUUUCCAUGGUAGAUAAAGAGGAGCUUAAUUAUGCCUGGGGGAGGGAAAUUUUUAACAAAUGAUUAACCACUCUAGAUACAGAGGGGUUAAUGACACAGAAUGUAAAGCCAGCGAUAAGUCAAAGGAGAAGGUUUUAAGUCUUUUAGGGGAGGGAUUUUGUUUUAAUAAAUUAAAUUCUUAUGGGUUUUGACCAGUUGUGCAUCUAGAUUAUUUUCUAUGCACUAUGAUAGUUAAAACCAUCAGUCUGUAAAUAGUUUUUGUUUCUGUUAUUUUAAAGCACUUUUUACCCUGCUGCAAACCUUUUGAAACAAAAAAAAAAUGGGAGAAAUGUAUAUAGUAGUACAUUAUUUAACACAGUGUUUCCGUCCUACCAAGUACUAGGAUCUACACUUUAGUUUCUGCUUUUAUUCUCUGUAAGGUAGGAAGACAUUGCUGCCUCAAUGGUUAUAGUGGCAGUAUAGGAAAUGAAAUUAUCAUACUACACAGUGUAUUUGUUCUCUUAUGCCGUGAGAGAAUGUUAGAUGUCAGAACUCGGUUGCUAAAGUUUGAUUUUAGGAGGGAUUCUAUUUUUUAUUUUUUUCCCUUUGCAGAUUUGGUUAGAAAGUAGCACGCUCACAUAGGGUGGGAUGUAUACAUGCUAAAGUGGCUUGCGACUCAAUUUGUAGUCUCCCUACACCAAAAAAACAAAACAAGCAACAAUGGCACAGUUUUCUCAGACCUGGUAAUAUGAUGAGGAAGCUAAAACCCAAGGAAAGGCCAAACAAAAUGUAUUAGUCCAAUCCAUAAAUUUAUCAAAACCUCUAGUAUCUUACACCUUUCUAUGUAUGUGUUUGCUUAUUUGGGGGUAUAAUAUUCAAAGCAGGCAUCUAAAACACAACUGAAAGACCUUUACACUUUUAGCUUAAAAGAGACACAUUUAAAAUUUUGCGCUGUAAAUAUUUUUUUAUUCAGUGACAUUAGAAAUUCUAAUUUCCACACAUAUAGGGUACACGUCAAUCAAUUUAUCAGUUGUUGUGACCAACCUUUUCCAGAAAAAAAGAAAAAAAAAAAAGAUCUAAAUACCAGAGUUGAGUGUCCUUAAUUUAAUUAUAAUCAUUUUAAUAUGGAGUACUCAUAUGCUGAUCUGAUGUUGAAUAAAUUAAUGAAAAGUACUUUUUAUAAUUGAUCCCUCAGAAAUAUUUCUUGCCAACUGUACAUCACAAUUGGUGUUUAAACGACUAGAUUAUUUCUCUAUGAAUGAAAAGUAAAAUAAUAAAAUGUUUACUUUCUGGUCUGAAUGACCGCGCUAGGUUUAGUGCGCAUACAAUAAUAUGAUUACGUUAGUGAAAUACUAGGAGUUGAUGUGUUUAAAUGGAUUUCAAUCAGUGUCUCGGACAAUAAAGUGUAUAUAUAUAUAUAUAUAUAUAUAUAUUUUUUUUUUUUAACAAGAGCAUGACAGAUUUCCAGGCUGCAUUAUAAAAUAUGGUUAAUAAUACUUUACAACAUUGGACAACUUUGCAGCUUUGCCUACUAAGAAAUCUAACCAUCUCGGAAAAAAAGUUGAAUACUUGUGUAGUGUAUUAAAACAAAAACAAAUCUAAGACAUAAAGGCAAAUGUAUUCACUCCAGGGAGAGAACCAAAUUGCUGUGCUUUGUUGCGUCUAUAAAAUAAAGCUUGACAGAUCGUGUCAUAGUUUAAUGCCUAGAAUACCAACGUAGUGCUCUAGGAAAGAAUGGAUUCUGACUAAUGGGGUAACUACCUUUUCAUAAAUUCAUUUGAAACAUCAAUCGGAUUAGCCUUAAUUAUUAAAUGUGGUGUGAACUGUAUCCACACUUGUUGUGUUAUGUUAACAGAUCAUAACAAUUGUGUAGUUAUUUAUACCUGUAUAUACACAAAGGGUCCAAUCACAAUCCUUUAGAAAAACUCAUUAUUUUUUUUAUAGAAGAAUCACCAUUAAAAGUCUAUGGAGAUUUUUGUAGAUGUAUUUUUUUUUUUUAAGAUUGUGAUCAACCUCAAAAUGAGUUGCUUAAAUCUACAGGUGAAACGGAUUGUUGAUUGUUUACUAUAAUUGCAGAUGUGUAAUGUAUAUGUGAUGAAACAGCCUGGGAAACUUUCAAAAUAUGUAUUUUUUGGAAUAGGGAAAUUAAAAUGUUGUGGCAGUGUUGUAAAUCAUGUUUAACACUACAUCUAGCCUACCUCAAAUCUCUUAACCCUUACAUAUCCAGUGAUUUCUGUCACUAAAAGGGUUGCAAAUCUGCAUGCUUCAUUUUUCCUACUAUGCAUAGAUAAGCAGCUGAUGAAAUGGGUGUUUUAUACACAUUUGUUAUAUAGUUUAUGAUCGCCACUAUUUCUCUCCCAUAUGAAACUAAAGUCAAAGGAGAUUGUUGUUUUCUACCCACAGUACUUGUGUCUAAUGAACUGCAUUUGGAAUCUUGCUUUUGCUUUAAUUGCACUUUUUAAACAAAUGGCUGUGAGAACUGAGUUUGUUUGAAAUCAUGUUACUGUGUCUUUUUUAGUGCCCUAUACAGUAUUAAAUUACAUGCUAAUUCAAUUCUGUUUUCUAAUUUGGUUUUCUCAAGAAUCUGUGCUAAUUCUGAUGAGAUUUUAUUUUAUAGACUACUAUAUGUGAGGGGAUGGAAUUUAAUUUAAACUACAUUUUUAAAAGUAGCUAUCAUUAAAGGGAUACUAAACUAUUUAUUUUACUUUAAUUAUUCAGAUAAAGCAUGCAAUUUUAAGCAACUUUCUAAAUUAACUCCUAUUAUGAAAUAUUCUUCGUUCUCUUGCUAUCUUUAUUUGAAAAGCAGUAAUGUAAUGCUUAGGAAUGGGACAAUUUUUGGUUCAGCGCCUUGCUAGCGCUUGCUAAUUGGUGGCUAAAAUGUAGCCACCAAUAAUCAAGCACUAUCCGGGGUGCUGAACCUAAAAUGGGCCCUGCAUCUAAGCUUUACAUUCCAGCUUUUCACAUAAAGAUAGCAAGAGAAUGAAGAAAAUGUGAUAAUUGGAGCAAAUUAGAAAGUUGCCUAAAAUUGCAUGCUCUAUCUGAAUGAUGAUCUGAAAAAAUGGGUUUAGUAUCCCUAAAAUGGGGAAAGAGAAAGUGAUAGUGCUAAAGAUAAUUCUAUUAAAAAAGCUCUUUAGUGACGUUGUUAAUCUUCUGGUACACUCACAGUGUGACUGUCUUUAAGAUUUAUUAUAUAUUUUAAUAGGUAGAGAGAGGGUAACUAAUAUAUGGUAAGAGGCAUCAUCCACACAUCUUUCUUAAACACAGCCAUGACGUUACAAAAAGAAAAGGGAGAAAGGAAAGUGUUUUUCACUUCAUAUGUUUUUCUGCAUGCAGUCACUUGAACACAUAAUCUCUUCUCUUCAUUCCUUUAACCCUGCAGUUUCUAGAUGCUACUGCAGUGCAUUUUUAGCCCCCCUCUCUCAGCUAAGGUGUAGAGAUUUUUUUUUUUCUGCAAGUUGAAUUCCAUAGGAAUCUGAACCAAGGAGGAAUUUGUCAAUGUUUUGAUCUCAUAGGAAUAUUACUCUUCUAGAGCCAGAUCUGUUCUUUUAAAGAUGUAGCAGACAUAAAAUUAGAGAUCUUUAUGCAUGUCUGUCUGAGUAUCAUCACAGAUUACUCAUUUUAGCUGGCACAUAUCACCAAUUGUGCAAGCAAAUCAGUGGCAUAUAGGUAGACAAAGGACAGCUCACUUGUUAAAAUAAAACAAUAUAUUGUGUAUUUAAAUAUAGCAGUAGUUAAAAAAAGGUUAGCCCUCAGCACACAGUGAAGACUAAAUGAGUCACAACCAAACCUUUUAAACAACACACUUUAAUGAAGAGGUAUAAAAGGAGGCAAAUUAUCUUUUUUGUGACAUUAAGUUCAAUACAUAAAGCUCUUUCCACUAAUCUGUAUUGUCAGAAGUGAAAAUCAUUUUAAGACACUAGAGGAAAUGGUUACAAGUCACAAAUUAAAAACACACUAAUCUGUUUAUUAAUUAGACUUUUCUCAAUCAAAAACAAUAGACUUUUUCUCCUUAACCCGUCACCCACUAGUUGGUUGCAGGAAAUUUCCAACUCCAUACAUCUUGCACAUUUUUUUGAGAUUUUAGUACACCCCUAGUUCAUUUUUGGUUGACAUUUUUAUAUAAACUGGAUUUUUCUGAUUCACAAAGCAAGACUGAUAACUGGCAUAAAAAUAAUAAGCUAAGAACCUUUUCUAAAGCUCAUUAACGUUGCAUAAUAUUUGCACAUUAUCCCUUCAUUUAACCAUUGUUAAAAAUGUUUUACGGGAAACCUUUAGAACUAUCCUACAUUAUUGUUUUACAGCGAUGUUACAACAUUGUUUCAUACUCUCUAGUAUCUGUUUUUGCCGGUCAUUUUAUAAACACAAAGAACCAAUAGCAUAACAAGGAUGGAUGGAAGCUGUACAUACUUGUGUUUACUCAGGGUUGUGCAAUUUGUUAUGUAGGGCAACAUUCUUAGUAGCUUAAUACAGGUACUUACUAAAUAUAGGUCCAGUUAUUUUUAUUAAGUAAUCCUAACUGAAUUCACUUAAUUUCUUGUUGAUAAAAUGGCAAACAUGUAAUGAAUGAACUGAAGAAAAAUAAAUAAAAUUAAAAUAUACAUUUUAAGGUACUCUAUAUUUCUGACGCAUGUGCAAUUUAUUUUGAUUACAUGCACAUACUAUUUUGUUUUUGUCAAUUCCAUAUUUCAGCUGUCAACAUUUUCAUUAUGUAGAAAACAAGGAUCCAACCAUAAGCCAGGAUAUGUGGCAGAUGAUGAAAUCUAUAAAUCUAUUCAUUAAUCCUAAACUGUGAGAGCUUCCCUCCAUCUUUGUCUCUGCUUAUGAAUUAUGUGAUAAAACCAGGCAUACUGCUUCUUAAAACGUAUUAAACACCUCUUGCUUUUGUGUAAAAACAAACAGUGCUUUGUCCCACGCUCCCUAGAGAAGCCAAAAAAUCUCUUUGUAUCUGUUUUCAAAAUGGUGUAAACUGCCUAAACCAGCUAUUUAAAGCAAUAUUUAACCCAUUUUUUCUUUCCUGAUUCAGAUAGACCAUGCAGUUUUAACCAACUUUCUAAUUUACUCCCAUUAUCAAUUUUUCUUUGUUCUCUUGCUAUCUUUAUUUGAAAAAGCAGAACUAUAAGGAUAGGAGCCAGGCCAUUUUUGGUUCAGCACCUGGGUAGCGCUUGUUGCUGAUUGGUGGCUACAUUUAGCCACCAAUCAGCAAGUGCUACCCUGGUGCUGAACCAAAAAUGGGCCAGCUCUUAAGCUUACAUUCCUGCUUUUUCAAAUAAAGAUAGAAAGAGAACGAAGAAAAUUUGAUAAUAGGAGUAAAUUCGAAAGUUGUUUGAAAUUGCAUGCUCUAUCGGAAUCAUGAAAGAAAAAAUCUGGGUUUAGUGUCCCUUUAAAUUUGCAGGUUACAGACUUUGGUUUUUGGCCUUCUAGGGAGCGUAGCACAAUCACAAUUUUAAACAAAAGCAAGAGGUGUUUAAUGAUCUUUUGAUGACCUAACAUUUUUUUUUUUUUGGGUGGGGGGAGGGUUGUGCGAUAUGCAGAUAGUGUAUUUGAAUGUAGUCAAAGCAAUGUGAUGCUAUGCUUUUAGUGUUUCAAGUUGGACCAGAGAAAUAGAUUUGACGGCAUUUACAAAUUAACUUUUUGCAAAAUGAAAGAUAUUAAACUAAUAGAAUCCAGUACAGAUGUAGAUUAACAUUAGGCAAAAUAUUAAAAACAAAUACGAUCAGAGGGUAGUGAUAUAUUAAAAGGACAAAAGAGAAAAGCAAGGUUUAAAUCAUGUGUCCAGAACAGGUGUUUACAGUAAUCUGACUCUUUUCAUUGAUGUGGUUAGAGGAGGUCUAGGCGCACUAUCACUUAUUUUUUGAUAAUGCUCACUGCAGUUUUUCAGAAUAAAUGUGAGGCUGGAUUCAUGGCAUGUGCUUUGCUAACUUUUUGAAUGAGCUACAAUCGGUAAAUCCCAUAUUUUCUCAGCAGUUCUAUACUGCACAAUAAAAAAAAUUCCCUUGGUAAAUCUAAUGGAAUAGUAUUUUUUAAUAAAACCAAAGUCUACCAGGUACAAAAUAUGGCAGCUAAAUUCAGCAAUUUAUUAAAAGUAUUAGCAUCAUCAUGUAUGAGCAUUGAAAGGGCAAUUUUGAACCUCAAACUUCCACUUAAUUAUGUGUAAAUCAGACAGGCCUGCAAACUAUUAUUUUUUGUCCCCACAAUUUUGAACGAAAUGUUUUUUUGUUUUUUUUAUGAUUAAGGAGGCACACACAGAUGGUUUCCUCAGUAUGUUUGUAUGUAUCAUUUUGUUCCCUUUAAAAAUAAUUUAGGCAAAUCAAUUUCUCUCUAGCGGGGAACAAAAAAAGUUAAAAAUACCACUUUCGGAAUAUUCUGUCAUAUAAGCUAAUGAUAAAGUGGAUAUAUUAUGUUGUCACUUUGGGUUUAUUUAUGUUCUUAGGGAGACGUUUGGUUGCUGGCGAUAAUUUGCCCUUGUUUGCCUGAAAUUUUGUGUUCCUGCUUAUAAUGUAAUAUUAACAUCCCUGCACUGCAUAUUGUUUGUAUCAAUAUAUUUUUAUUUUAUCAUUUUUGGUGCUACAUUUUUUUAUAUAUUUUUUUUUUUUUAAGAUUCUCAUAAUUUAUUGUUUACCUUUGUAAAUAUACCUUAUCUUUUUAUAUUUCACAAUAAAAAGGCUUCCUUCUCAAGCUAAAUGUCAUUUUUCCAAAAUACCUCAAAAAUACAUUGGAACUUCAUCAUGAAAUCACCUACAAAUAUUUCUGGGUUGAAAAAUUCCCAUUGUGGAUUUUUCAGAGUUUUUUCAAAUAGACUUUACUUGAAAACAAACUUAGAAUAUAAAGAAUUAUUUCAGAUCAUUUCUUGGGUAAGACGUGGUAUGAAUAAAUCAUGUUAGGCUUCAAAAUCAACAUACUAAGUCUGAGAGAGACCACUGUUGCAUGUAGUGUGUGUAUAUAUGUCUCAGAAUGGAUAUUUACACAUUGAUAUAGUUAUGUUCAUAGCAUAAAUCUAACACUUCUUAGCAAAAAAACACGAGUUGUCCCUUAAAAAUAUGGGUAAUGCUGAACUGAUAGCUAACUUUUGCUUGUCACAUGAACAGGAUUUUUUUUUUACACCUAUUGACAGGCUGCCUCAGAGGCCUCUAAUGCAAUGGCUCAAAAUUUAGGUAAAGGGUGUACAGCAUGCUGAGAAUGGUGGUGAGUGAAUUUGUACUGGUCACUAGUCUAGUCAUGGGUUUAUUUUGUGACAUUUCUUGCCUUGUUUAGUCUAAAACCCAAGGAAAGCCAAAUUAAAUGUCUAAAUUAUCAAAAACUUUGAGCCAACCCAAAUGCAUUUACUUGCAAAACCUUUUUGGUAUAGAAAUAGUUAAACACCUAUAGUCUUUGGUAGGAUGAAGACACAGCAUGCAUGGACAUAAGUGUGAGUGUGUAGGUGUGCAUGUAUGGAUGUUUACACAAUUUUAUUUUCAAUAGCAUUUAUCAGGGAUAAUUUGAAUAGAAAUAUUAACACAUGCACCAUUGCAACAAUAAUUUAUUCAGGGAUACUUUUUACAGCCUCCGCAUACCUUCAUAUAUAUAUAUAUAUACACACACAUUAUGUCACGUAAUUCAUAAAAAUAAAAAAAAAAUGAAAAAUAGUCAAUCUGUAUGAAUGAAUAGUCCAUUUAUCUUUUUAUAUAUUUGGAUUAAAUCUUUUCAAAGCUAGACAGAGACUGAAAGGUAUAUUUCCCAUAAUGUCCCGUAGCAGUGGAAAGAAAUAUAAAAAAAAAAUAAAAAAAAGUUAAAAAGGAAUACGGAAAAACAGGUUGGUUUUGUGGCAUAAAUAAAUGCAGUAUAGCUAGCUAGAAAAUAGAUGUUGACGUAUUUGAUUUCAUGUCUUUUUAAAUUCAUUGGUUGCAAGAUUCUCCAAUGGAGGUAAACUUGGAAACCGCACUUGAAUACAGUAUAUCUCAAUUUGUGACUGUGGUUACUUGAAAAUUCAGUUUCUUUUGGGAUUGAUCUGAUGAAUGGUAGAUUUUAUAAUGUCCGGAGGCCGUAGGAUUAAUGUGUAUUAAACUGCAGAUAUGACUAGUACAGUAAAUUGAUGCUGAUAAUUUUAUUUUGUAUAAUUUUUCCAUGUUUUUGUAUAUUUUUUUUUUCUUCCAUUUUCUUCCCCAUCACCCUGUGUUCUGUAAUAUUUUUGUUUAGGAUGCCUAAAAAAUUGCAAGUAUGAAUCUUUUUUUUUUUGUAUUUUAUUAUAAUUUUCACAAACAACUCGUUUGUGAAAUGUAUUAUUCCUGAUAACUAAAAUAUUGUGGGUGUUUUAAUAAAUUUUAUAUUUAUUUUUUGCACUCAAAA